AUGAAAAAGGCUAACUAUUUUGAGUGCGGGGAGCGGGGAUACUACAGGAGAGAUUGUCCCAAGUUGAAAAAUAAAAGAGGAAAGCAACCAGAGAGUUCUGUGAAUAUUGUUGAUAGGUUUAAUAAUUCUGAUGACAGUGAUAGUGCUGGAGAAAUUUUAUCUGGUGUAUGUAACAUCAUAUUAAGGAUGUUUGAUGGGAUUGUCAGAACUAUGGAGUGUUGGCAUGUUCCAGGACUGAAGAAGAACCUGAUUUCUCUUGGGACACUAGACUCUCAUGGAUACAAAUACCAUGUAGAGAAUGAAAUUCUCAAAGUGUGCAAGGGCUCUAUGACCAAGGUGAAGUUCAACAAAAAGGCAGUGCACAAGACCAGAGGUACAAUGGAUUACAUCCAUUCAGAUCUAUGGGGUCCUAACAGAAUUUCUUCCAAGAACGGUGCUAGGUCACCUGCUGAUUUCUUUCAGUUGAGAGUGUUUGGUUGUCCUGCUUAUGCUCAUAUGAGGGAUGGUAAGCUUGAGCCGAGGGCAAAGAAAUGCAUAUUUCUAGGGUAUGCAUCUGGAGUGAAAGGCUAUAGAUUGUGGUGCAAUGAUACAAAGUCUCUAAGGUUAAUAAUCAGCAGGGAUGUGACAUUUAAUGAGUCUGCUUUAUUGGAUGGUCAGAGGGAGAAGUCAAUAUCAGAAUCAGAUCACGUUACUGAGAUAGUUGAUGUGCAUGAACCAAGCAAUUAUAGGAAAGCUAUUUCUUGUUCAGAUGCAGAUCAAUGGGUUGGUGCUAUGGGUGAAGAAAUUGAAUUGCUUCACAAGAAUCAAACUUGGGAGCUUGUGACAUUGCCUAAGGGACAGAAAGUGGUAGGCUGCAAGUGGAUUUUCAAGAAAGAGGAAGGCACUCCAGGGAUAGAAGCACCUAAAGGCUUUGCUCAAAGAGAGGAAAUUGACUUCAAUGAAGUGUUCUCUCCAGUUAUGAAGCACAGUUCCAUCAGAGUCUUUCUUACUAUGGUUGCUCUUCAUGAUCUAGAGCUUGAGCAAUUAGAUGUGAAGACAGUAUUUUUGCAUGGUGAGUUGGAGGAGCAAAUUUAUAUGAGUCAGCCUGAAGGAUUUGUCAUUCUAGAUGACAUGCUUAUUGCUGCUAAAAGUAUAUCACAAGUUAAUAUACUGAAAAAGCAGUUGAGUGAUGAGUUUGAGAUGAAGGAUUUGGAUAUGUCACCUAAAACAAAUGAGGAGAUGGAGCACAUGUCCAGUGUUCCUUAUUCUAGUACUUUGGGUAGCAUCAUGUAUGCUAUGGGUACUACAGAUGUUGGUCUGACAUUCGAUAGGGCCAAGAUGAGUGAUUCAGUUGUUGGCUAUGUGGAUUCAGAUUUUGCAGGGGACUUAGACAAGAGGAGAUCUCUGACAGCGAGGCCAGCAGCACCACUCCUGCAAACCCAAAGUUUCACAGAUCUCCUCCAACACACAGUGCAGCCAUGCCGAGCCCAACCAAAAAUCCUGAAGGUGAGCGUGGAGAGUACGAGCAUCGUCAAGCCCAAGUAUGCAGGCAAUCUUCCACCCACCACUCCCCAUGUCCCCCUGAGCGUAUUCGAUAAAGUAACCUACGACAUGCACAUAGCAAGCAUCUACGCCUUCCGUGCACCAACUCCUCCCAAUUCUGUCAUGCAGAAUGGCCUCACCAGGGUGCUCUCUGAGUACCGGGAGUUCGCCGGUCGGCUCGGGGAGGACGCCGAAGGGAACCCUGUCAUCCUCCUCAACGACGAGGGCGUGCGGUUCGUCGAGGCAUCGGUGGAUUCCACUCUGGACCAGGCGUUGCCCUUCAAGCCCUCGUCGGCAUUGCUAAGCCUGCACCCUGAGGUGCAUGGCGUGGCGGAGCUCCUCCAGGUCCAGCUCACGCGGUUUGCAUGCGGCUCUCUCGUGAUGGGGUUCACCUCGCACCACCGUGUCGCCGAUGCCCAUGCCGCCAGCAACUUCUUGAUCGCAUGGAGCCUCGCAACGCGGGGCCUCGACGUUAGCCUCGCCGUGCACGACCGGUGCACGUUCUUCACCCCUCGCCUGCCGCCUCUGCUGGAGGAGUUCGAGCACCGAGGGGUGGAGUUCGCACCCAAGAACCAGUUUGGCGCUGAAAAGGCUGAUCCUCUCAAGGACAACAUAGUCGUCUACAAGGCUCACUUCACGAAGGAAUUCCUGACCAAGCUCAAGGCCCGGGCUUCGGCAGGGGCCAGCAAGCCUUACAGCACGUUCGAGAGCCUCAUGGCUCACCUGUGGAGGGUGGUCACCAAGGCUCGUAGGCUCCACGAGUCUGAGACCACCCACGUCCGGAUCUCGGUGAACGGGAGGAGGAGGAUGAACCCACGCCUGCCGGACGAGUACUUCGGUAACGUGGUGUUAUGGGCAUACCCCCGAGCUAAGGUGCGGGAGCUCGUGGACAGCCCGCUGCGGUAUGCGGCCGAGCUCAUCCGCGACGCCGUCGCGAGAGUGAACGACGCCUAUUUCAAGUCGUUCAUAGACUUGGCAAGCUCGGGGGUGGUGGAGAAGGAGGAGCUGGUGCCGACGGCCGACGCAGACAAGUGGGUGUUGUGCCCUAACGUGGACGUGGAUAGCUGGCUGAGGCUGCCCUUAUAUGAUCUCGACUUUGGUGGUGGAGGUCCAUUCUAUUUUAUGCCAUCGUUCCUGCCUAUCGAGGGAGUGAUAUUCCUCGUACCUUCCUUCAUCGGAGAUGGAAGCAUUGAGGCCCAUGUCGCCUUAUUCGACUACAACCAAGCCUCCUUCAAACAAAUAUGUUACUCUUCGGAGUAACCAGCAAGCGCAGCUGAUAUCUGCAAUAAAAAUGAUCAUUUCGUAACAAAAAUAAUUUACUACGAAGCAUGAUUUGUUGCUAUUAAGUAUAAUAAAGUCAUGAAAUAAA